AUGGAACAGGAUGUAGGCGAUGUAGCCCUCACCUUGCUCAAGCUCGGAUCAACCGCUUAUUAUAUUUCUUUAGAGUUAUAUAUUUAUUGUUAUCUAUUUGACAACAUGAACAUACAGAGAGAAUUAGUUAACUUUAGCAUAUACUCUGCAAAUUGGACCCAGAUGGAUUUAAAAUUUAAAAAGUUGUUGUUAUUGGCUAUGCGGAUGAAUGAUGCUAAUAAUUUAGUGAUAAGAGCUACACCGAAAAAGAUCAUCAACCUUCAAAUAUUUGCUAGUGUAUUAACACCGUUUUGUUUAUAA